AUGUACGUUGAGAAAAGCCUCGUCGAAUGGCUCGAGGAUCGCUUUAGAGAUGAGCUCAGGUUCAUGGAGGGCCGACAGUUUGCGCUGCUGGGUGAGUUGCGCUCUCGAGUGGCGGACUCUCCGAUGAAAAGAAGGGUGGCCUCACGCUCUUCAAGCAAAGUCUCAGUCUCAGAACCUGAUACACUUUCAGAAGUCCCCGAGAAUGGGCUGCUGAAUGAGCCGGAGGAGAGGCCCGAGAGGCCCCCCUCGGGGCCGGACGAGAGGCCCGAGGAUGGGGGAAAUGAGGGCCUUGAGCCCAAAAUUGAAGGAAUCCUGAGCAGUGAGUCCGAGAGAGGCGACGGUAUAGCCAGUGUGCCACUCGCAUUUCAUGCCAUCAAGCUGCCAAAGCUCGAGGAUGAUGACAAGUACAGUGAUGACCAGCUCGAGGAGCAUGAAAUGCCAGAGCCACAGAUUGACAAAGUGGUUGUGAGGCCGACACUGGCGCGGGCACCAUCCAGCUUGAAAGAGUCUUUGGCCAGACAAAAGACCAAGGGAUUUGUGCCAGUAUGGUAUCCAAGCCGAGUAGUACGAUCUUCGUUCUUCGAGGUCUUUUUUUCCCUCCUCAUCCUUCUGCAGGCCGCAUGCUUGGCCCUGGAAACUCAGUACAGUGGCCUUGAUUGGGGCUUUAAGCUAAGUUACGAGGGCUACGGAGCCUCAGCACAACAGAUUUGGCCGAGUGUCCCCGGCUUUCUACAGGCCACGGAGAUGUUGUUUGGCACGCUUUUCUUCGUUGAAUGCCUCUUGAGGCUGUGUGCCUAUCGAUGGGAUUUCUUUUGCAAGCUUUGGAACUGGUUCGACUUCUUUCUGGUCCUACUUUGGUGCUUCGACACCGUCUUGGCCAUCGUUCCGGUGGACAGUCCGGUGAUCCGCUUGGUCCGUUUGGUGCGGCUCAUCCGCCUGGUGAAGUUGGUGCGGGCGGUGCAGGGAUUCGAUAGUCUCAUUGUGAUGACCACGGCUCUGCGGGACAGUGUCACGUCACUCUUCUGGGUCGCCAUCAUCAUGUUGGUGGUGGAGAUGAUGUUUGCACUACUGUUGAAUCAGGUUCUGGUCUCCUUGAUUUUCGAUGCAGGCCACGACUAUUCGGAAGCUGAGGAAAAGCUCCUCUUUGAGUACUUUGGAACCUUCCUCAGGGCGAUGCUGACGAUGUUUCAGCUAACUCUAGGAACUUGGGUGCCCGUCGCUCGAAUUCUACAAGAAACGGUCAGUCCUUACUUCAACAUCUUCACCAUUUUGCACAAGGUCAUCAUUGGCUUCGCUUGCAUUGGUGUCAUCAACGGUGUCUUUAUGCAAGAAACCCUCAAAGUGGCGCAGAGCGAUGACAUCAUCAUGAUGAGAGAAGUGGCCAACAAAGAGCGGACGCAUGCUCGGAAGAUGAAGGCAUUCUUUCGUUAUGCUGAUCAUUCCAAAGACCAUGUGAUUACAAAGGAAGAAUGGUUGCGAGUCAUGAGCGGACCUCAUGCACAGCAUUGGUUUUCAGCUCAGGGUUUGAAGGUGAAAGAUGCCUCAGCAGUCUUCAAACUGCUAGAUGAAGACGGAUCUAAUGGCAUCAGUAUGGAUGAACUCAUCGCAGGAGUCGCUGCACUACAAGGGCCUGCACGAAGCUUAGACUUGGCAAAUUUGAUUGAAGAUCAGCGACAGUUGAGAAAGAGCAUGAAAGGCUUGCUGCGGCGUUUGGACCGCAUGGAAAUCUUGGAAAGCCAACUUGCAUCUCAAGUGCUCAGCAGCAGCAGAAAUACUACAGAGCCAGAUUCCUGGUCCCUUUGA